AUGUUGCUGGCAAUACUCAUCUCUAACUUUGCUGGAAACUUUCUCCUAGAGAGGUUCAAUGGAGUUCCAUCUGAAGAAAGAUUACACUGGAAAACUUUCUUGGUUAAAUUGGGAGCUGAUAAUCUCAAGGGUGCAAGAAAUGAAGAGCUUUUUGUUUCUUCACAAAAGUCAGUUUACAUUGUUUACACAGUGCUGGGAGGUGUCUGUAUAUACAUUGUCGGCAAGGAUGAGUAUGAUGAACUUGCUCUGACUGAGGUGAUGUUUGUAAUAACCUCUUCAAUAAAGGAUGCCUGUGGGAAAUCUCCAAGUGAACGUUUGUUUCUUGAUAAAUAUGGAAAGAUCUGUUUAUGUCUUGAUGAAAUUGUUUGGAAGGGAAUCCUGGAAAACACAGAGAAAGAUAGAAUCAAAAGGCUGAUAGGAUUAAAGCCUCCAAAUCCAACAGAGAUUUGAUCAGUUCUUGUCUCCGGUUGAAGGCUGUGGUUCUUGACAUUCCCCUUUCUCUUAGAAGAUGGGACAAUAAACUUUCUG